AUGCUUCACCGACUGAUCGCUACGGGUUGUGUCGAGGAGAUCCUCACCUAUCUUGGUCAUAUCGGAGACUUCUGGUCCUCACUGGUGGCCUUAGAUCCAGAUUUGAUGAAGAGGAUUGAUCCAGACACUGUGGAUGCCCUGCAGUUGCUGGCGCCGGGCAAGUCCAGAAUCAACACCACAAUGGCCCGUGGGCUGGUGCUAGGCGGCCAAGCAUUCGCUGAAUUCACUGACGAAGAACGAAGGGUCAUAUGGAACCGGCUGGCAAAUUUUGACGGGCUAGUUCUGUCUUUGUACAAGUUCUUUGAAGAUUUCAAGUAUCUCGAAAGCUGUGCGCAUUGCGUGAAGCGACUCUUUGGCUCGUCAACCGAAUCUGUGUGGAAAACCAUGAGCUCGAUUUUCGUUCCGUAUUCGGGUUCGGAGGUGGAAGAGAGACUUAUUCAAACUUCCGAAUCCACUUUCCGGCGUGAGGCUGCAACCGAUGCAGAGUGUCUUGAUAUAGGGUAUUUACAGAUCUGGCUGUACGCAAUGCGACAUUAUCCUCUGAUGCCACCCGACCCGAAGAGUGACGAUGAGCUUUUGGCAAAGUCAUCUCGUGCCAUAGCUGACAAGAGGGCGAUCUAUGAGAUGGCUGAGCUUGCUCGCCGGCUCGGGUUUCAGUCCCCAGAGAUCAAGGCAAUAAUUGAUGGUUCCCCAGAUUGUGAGAUCGCGCGGGCAGCUCUGUUACAGGCCAGGAAACCUAACUAUCUCUGGUAUGAUGAGGAUCAAUUUGAUGCCCUUGUCAGCCAAAUUGUUGAUUAUUUCGCUGCUGCAGUUCCUGACCAGCCUGAAAUUAUUCAUGAACUUCUCGCGGAUAGCACUGUGAAGCCUCGGGCCCGCUGCGGCAUGCCACGAAUGUGUACUCAUAAGUAA